GUGUGUGUGUGAGAACGCGCGCGCGAGUGUGUGUGUGUGUGUGUGCUCGGGAAGAAGGGGAAUAAAAAAGACGAGAGACCGGGGGGCAGCCAGCUCGAAGCGGCGGGCAACACCGAGCCAUGGAGGGCGAUGUGCGUGUCCGAGCGGUGGUGAUGACACGUGACGAUUCUAGUGGUGGCUGGGUGCCCCUUGGAGGUGGCGGCCUCAGUCAUGUGGUCAUUUGUAAGGGGCGGAGCUCUGAAGGUCGUGGGCGGAGAGAGUACGUCAUACGUGGAGAACGGCUACGCGAUCGAGCACCUGUGCUGGAAUGUGCCAUUCAAAAGGGUCUGGUCUACAACAAGGUGAACCCCAUCUUCCAUCACUGGCGUGUGGAGGAGAGAAAGUUUGGUCUGACCUUCCAGAGCCCAGCUGACGCCAUCUCCUUCGAGAGGGGGCUUCAAAGUGUCCUUGAGAAGCUGGACAGAGGUACAGAAGCAGCAAAAAACGGUGCUACACGGACCAAGGUGGGCGGGCUGACAGGGGGCGUGGUGGUGGUGGGCGGCAGCCAGGACAAGUCGGAGCUUUGCGUGGUGCGCUUUGAGAAGGAACUGGCCGGCGUGGGCACCACAGGCUGCGAGGUCACCGUCAUGCUGGACACCAAAGGCUCCCAGCUCAACUCUUCGCCCACCUGCAUGCCCAACGCCGUGCCGGGAGUGCCGUCGGCCAGCAGCUCCCCGCAGGAGACGGGCAAAGGCUCGCCCUCUCCCUGCUGCAUCCACACCUCGCUCGCCACGCCCCGCUCUCGGACUCGCAAGCGAGGGGGCAGUGGAGGGGAAGCCAUCUCGCCCGACGACGACAGCUCCUGCCCGCAGGGAUCCUCCUCUUGCUCGUCACGCUGUGUGUACUGCCGCUCCGUCUUCAGCGCCUCAGAGAACGGACGGGGCCGCUGCCGGGACGCUCCCGACCCGGCACUACACUGCCUGCGCCAGUGGACGUGUGUGUGGUGCGCAGAGAGCCUGCUCUACCACUGCAUGUCGGACUCCGAGGGCGAGUUCUGGGAGCCGUGCUCGUGCGAGGACUCGAUGGGCCGGCGGCCGCACCCGCUGUGCUGCGCCCGCUGGAUGGCGCUGUUGGCACUGUCUCUUUUCGUGCCCUGCAUGUGCUGCUACCUGCCCCUGCACGCAUGCCUGCGCUGUGGGGAGAGAUGUGGCUGCUGCGGAGGAAAGCACAAGGCCGUGCGAUGAGGCCUAACCGGGGGGAGGGCGUGUGGGCGGGGCUUAUUGUGACGGGACGGGAGCACAAAGACGUUGUCGUCAUUCAAAGGAACAGCCGUAGAGCCAGAUCUCCUACAUAAACCUUCACGAUAAUAUCCCCUCGCCCCCUCCGAGGCCGUCUGCUGCAUUCCGCUCUUCUCUGCUCGGACCCUUCACGCUCGUGGUGGGUGCAUGGGUUCGGGAAGGUCGCUUUCUGAUUUGCUGGUCGUUGGGGUCAGGGGUCGUCUCCGGGAGGUGGGGAGUGAAUGGGGAUCAGUGACGUGUAAACAAUUGUUAGUUUUUUUUCUCUUGGGUUUUAUUUAUUUAAUUUAGGGAGAAAAAUGAGAUGAAAAAUGUUUAUAGCUAUGGUUAUCAGACCUUUUUUGAGUAUAUUAUUUUACUUGAACUAUUGAAAGAUAUUUUUUUGGCAAUUGAUUUAAUGAAUACACUCCCCUCGUACCUCUAAGUUACUGAGUUUUACCUCAAUGUCCAGUGGAGAGGAAGGCAGAUAGAGAAAGAGACACUUAUUUCGGGGACUGUGUGCUGUGGUGAGGUUUUGUAUAUGGUCUUUACAGUAGGUUUUUCACACACGUUCGGCCAGAACGUAUUUGUGAAGGAGAACAUUUUGAUGUCGUAUCACUUUUAGUUGUUUGAGAACAGGGAACGUGAACGGUCUGAUCGAGGGCAGUUUCACCAAAACCACAUACAUACUUUCACCACAUACAUGUCAUUCUUCUGUCAAGAUUACAGUUGUAUUGAACUUGCCAGCAACCAAGAAUGUUGCCUAUAUUUGACCAAAAAAAGUGGAGAGAUAAUCUAGACAUGAAUCUGCCGAACAUUUGCACAGCAAAUGUGAACCGAGGCCUUGAAAUGUAGUUGAACACACCACCAAAAAUACAGUGCAAUUAGUUAUUAAUAAGAAGUAAAGAAUAAAAAGCAAAGGCUUGUUGUGUGUGACACAACAUUUUAACUUUAUCUGUCAGUAUGGAAACAAGAGAAGUACUCAAUCAUUAACUAUAACGAGUAACACUGCUCCUCACGUGUGCUUUUGAGCCGUGUCCUAAACAGAGCAACGAAGUGACAGGACAUUUUGUCUGUGGAGUUGUGCUGGGUAGCCCCGCCCACAGUGAAAUCCCAUUGGUCCAGAAACAUCAGCUAUGUUCUGACUGCCUCUGACUGUAUUACAGUAUAUUUUGUUUUCACUGCGGACAGACAAAUGACUUGACGCUGAAAACUUCGUCGUCUGGCUAAAGGACACAAGAAUUUAGACCAAUCAGUUCAAACACUGCCUGGCAUAACGGUUUGGACCUCAAAGUGUUAAGAAACAUUGCUUUAAAUAUCUCAAAGCUGCUAUUUCAACUCCCCUAAACUUGUCAUACCUCGCUGCUAGUAAUGAGGAGUUAGGGAAUCAGACACAGCCCUGUAGUCCAUUUUUGAGUUAGGAACACAUUGAUGGUUUCUCCAUCAAUGUUGUAUUAACUGCUCAUUAGAGUCACUUUAAAAGAAAAGGGUUUUUACAGCAAGAUGAGCCACUAGACCAUUCGAUCUACACACAUGCAUUGUAUUUCAUUGUGCAUCUGGACUCCAUUUUUGAAGAUGUGAAACAUUCUCUCACACACAUUCUCACUCACUCUUUAUGGGCAGAAUAUUAGACAUGAGUAGGGAAACACAAAAAGCCCCAAAAAUAGCACUGGAAAAAAGAACUUUGCGAGAUGAGACCACCCUUGAGGGCCCUAGUCAUACAUCCUAUUAAUAAAUGUGCCUUUUGAUUUAUUUAACCAAUAACCUAUAAUUUCUAAGUAACAACAUACCUAAAUACUCAUUUUCUUUUUCGGGUUGUUUAUUUCUGCCAAUGUGCAUAUUUUAAUAUGUAUGUGUCUAUUAGUUUGAAAAGUAAUCAAUGGAAAAUAUUACCUGUUUAUAUAUUUAUUGAGAUAUUUAUUCUAAUUCUUUAUUUAUUUUUGGAGACGGGUUUUUAUUUUCUGUGCUGUCUUACUUCUCUGACUUUGUGCCAAUUUGCUGCUUUGAGGUGUUACAUAUCGUGGGUUUGUAUCAUUAAUUAAACCCUAACUCUAUAUUUUAAUGAAAAGUUUGCACUCUGAUUCGUGUUUACAUGUGAUUAUAAUGUACACUCAUACUGGGAUGGCAUCAUUC